AUGGGAAAUGGAUCUUUCCUAUCGAUUAUUUUUUCACGACAGCAAAUUGUCACGGCAGCUGGUAUUGCUGCUGCUGCAUUUAUUGGUUAUUGCAUUUAUUUCGACCAUAAAAGACGUUCGGCACCUGAUUAUAAGCAGAAAAUACGUGAAUUACGUCGCGCUACUGCGAAGAAUAAGCAGCCAACAAAUUUACCGAAUCCACGUAAUGCCACCGAGAUGCAGGCAUUUUUCCUGCAAGAAGUGCAAUUAGGUGAAGAACUCUUAGCAGACGGACAUACCGAUGAGGGUAUUGAACAUCUGUGUAAUGCAAUCACUCUCUGUGGUCAGCCAACACAGCUAGUACAAAUUUUCCAGCAAACAUUACCAAGCGAACAUUUUGCCAUUUUGCUGCAGAAGUUACCGGAAGCUAAAAUUCGUCUUAUGCGAUUGUUCGGUAAUCAGUUGGGGCAAGCUGAGCGUGCACAUGCUGGAAUGGAAGAAGAUGAAAUUCCAGCAGCUGUUACGGCGGCGCAUCCCAUUGAAAUCAGUGAUGAUCUAGAACUUGAAUAG